CCCCUCCCUGAGCUUCUCAAGCUCACUGAGCUUGGGCUGGUUCAUCUGACAGAGCCUUACUCAGCCCCGGAGAGCUCUACAGGCCACUGGACCGGGAACCCCAGACUCUCAGGUGACAGUGUCUCCCGAGUCCUGGAGUCCACUGCAAUGGUAUCAAUGGCAAACGCGUGAUGGGAGCUGAUGUUGCUGUUUAUACAUCUCAUCUCCUUUAGUCCUCAGCACACCCUGCAGGGAAGGAACUGUUACCAGCCGUUUUACAGAAGAGGAAAUAGGUCAAGUAACUGUGCAUAGUCUCAGAGCUAACGAGUUAUGUGGCUCCAAAGCCUGUGUGCUUCAUCUCUGUUCCUCAGUCUCUACAGGAGGAGACGGAAGCCCGGAGAGAAAAAGUCACUGAGCCAGGCGGUUUCUUUCCUCUAGACUCAGGGCUCCUCCCUCAACCAGAUCCAGCCUGACAGUUCCUAUGUCUCCACCCAGCCUCCCUGCCAGGCCUCCCCAGAGUUCACAGCGGCCUGGCCUCACCCUUGGACAGCAGUUGCAGUCCAAACAGACUUCGCCCACAUUCCCUGGCUGCUCUCCAGCCCGCAACGGAGACAACAAAGUUUAGUGACAGAGAGGGCUGAGCGGAGGCUGCUGAAGGGGAGAAAGGAGUGAGAGGUGCUGGGUAGGGGCUGUCUGGCUCCCAGAUGCUGGACCUCCUGGGGAGCGCAACCCUCACGGGAUGGAUCACAGGCGCUGCUGUGGCGGUCCUGCUGCUGCUGCUGCUUCUGGCCACCUGCCUUUUCCAUGGACGGCAGGACUGUGACGUGGAGAGGAACCGUCCAGCUGCAAGGGGAAACCGAGUCCGCUGGGCCCAGCCUUGGCUUUUCCGGCGCCGGGGCCACCUGGGCCAUCACCAUCACCAUCAUCCUGGCCACGUGUCUCAUGUGGGCUUCCACCACCACCACCACCACCCCCGCCACACCCCUCACCACCUCCAUCACCACCACCACCACCACCCCCGCCACGCUCGCUGAGGCUGCCGCCGUGGGUUCCUGUGGACAGCAGCUGUCUCUGCCUGCCAUCCAUUCCCAGGACAAGUGGACCCCAUGUUUCCAUGGGGAAGGAUGCGUCUCUGGAGUGAAGGAUGGAAACGAUGGCCUGGGGCCUGCGUGAGCUGCAUUUGCAUGCUAUGCCCCAUGGUACUGUGGCAGCAGAGAAUGGAGGAACACUGGAGCCUGCUACGCUGAAGGGUUUGGGGAGUGGAGAGCAAGAGUGCCUCUUUUGUGAUUGUGACUCCCAGUGAGCCCCAGAAGUGACAAGGGUGUCUUGGCAAAGCCAGGACACAGGUGGAUGUGAAGUGCCCAUCUUGACCUCCUCAUCAGACCACUGCAGGCCUCUGGCUGGUAGGGCACUGGGAGAGGCCCUGAGAAUGUCCUUUUGGUUUGGAGAAGGCAGUACGAGGCUGCACAGUCAAUUCAUCGGUGCUUUAGUCCAGGAAAAUAAAAACCACUAAGAAGCUUU